AUGCUCUACGAUGUUGAAGGGGCUAAGCCUGAAGAGGACCAGACAUGCGAGACAUGGGGGGGGGGCGUGUGGUUCCGGACGAUCACAGAGAGGGCGAGGGCGAGGGAGAGGGAGAGGGAAAAGCGGAGGACAGGCAAGGGCAGGGAAGAGACAGCGAGAGAGAUGGGUGCUACCCAUAAUACAAUCCAUGGGGGCUCCAUAGGAGUGAGAGGAAAAUGGAGCUUUGGGCAUGGGCAAAGGGCGAAAGAGGGGACCUGGAGCCAAGACCUGGGCCCUCUCUGGGAGCUCCAUUCUGUGCGCAGUGACAGGGAGGAGAAGAGCAAAGACAUGGUCGACGACAAGGGGCACCUUGGGGAGGAGGGACCCGCUGCGGGUUACGGAUGGCGUCUGCUGGGUGCUGGGGGACCCGUCGGCGAUGGAGGGGAGACAUGUACUACCAAGGCGUACUAUAAUGGCCACAUGCGAACCACAUCACGCACGCUAUGCACGUAG